AUGCUGCCCGCACCCCUGGGUGCCCUGGUGCUCCCGGCCACCCACAGGGCCUGGGGGCAGGGGGGUGAGGAUGAGGAAGGGCUGCGCGUGGUCCGCGGUGCUGCGAGGGACACGGACGUGGGGCAGGGACAAACCCGGACCUGGGCACCCUGCUCCUCGUCCUGCUGUGCCCCGUCACAAGGCGCUGGUGGCAUCUGCGGCGUGGACGUGCUGUACACCAGGGGCUGGCAGUGGUGCCCAGCCAGGCACCUCUGCGGCAGAUGUCACGACCUCGGUCGGGUCUCAGCCUUUCCCCAUCUGGCGCAGGAGCGGUUCCAGGUGAAGAACCCCCCAUCUGCCUACAUCCAGAAGCUAAAGAGCUACUUGGACACGGGCGGUGUGAGCAGGAAGUUCAAGAGGCGAGUGCAGGAGUCAACACAGGUGCUCCGGGAGCUGGAGAUUUCCUUGAGGACCAACUACAUCGGCUGGGUCCAGGAGUUCCUCAACGACGAGAACAAGGGGCUGGAUGUGCUGCUGGAGUACCUGGCCUUCGCCCAGUGCGCCGUCGCAAAUCGCAGCGAGGGUUUAAGGUUAAAUGGGCCUGUGCCCCUCCAGUGCCGGGUUGUGGACGGCGCUCGCUUGUGCCUGCUGACUCUGCACCCCUGUCUUAACCCCGCUCUUCUCUUGCAUGCUGCCGGGGGACGUGCCACACGGCUCAACCCCGCGCACAGCAGGAAGGCGCUGAGGAACUCACGGAUCGUCAGCCAGAAGGAUGAUGUGCACGUCUGCAUCAUGUGCCUCCGCGCCAUCAUGAACUACCAGUCUGGCUUCAGCCUGGUGAUGAACCACCCAGCCUGUGUCAAUGAGAUCACGCUGAGCCUCAACAACAAGAACCCCAGGACCAAGGCCCUUGUCCUGGAGCUGCUGGCUGCCGUGUGCCUGGUCCGAGGUGGCCACGACAUCAUCCUCGCUGCUUUUGACAACUUCAAGGAGGUCUGCGGUGAGAAGAACCGCUUUGAGAAGCUGAUGGAGUAUUUCCGAAAUGAAGACAGCAACAUUGACUUCAUGGUCGCCUGCAUGCAGUUCAUCAACAUCGUGGUACACUCGGUGGAGAACAUGAACUUCCGUGUGUUCCUGCAGUAUGAGUUCACCCACCUGGGGCUGGACCAGUACUUGGAGAGGCUGCGUCUCACAGAGAGCGACAAGCUGCAGGUGCAGAUCCAGGCCUACCUGGACAACGUCUUCGAUGUGGGGGCCAUGCUGGAGGACACGGAGACCAAGAACGCUGUGCUGGAGCACAUGGAGGAGCUGCAGGAGCAUGUGGCCCAGCCCCCAUCUCAACCUGCAGUGAAGAUGAAGAAGCCAAUCCAGACCAAGUUUCGUAUGCCCGUCUUCAACUGGGUGGCGCUGAAACCCAGUCAGAUCGAUGGCACUGUCUUCACUGAGCUCAACGACGAGAAGGUGCUGCAGGAGCUGGACAUGAGCGACUUUGAGGAGCAGUUCAAAACCAAGGCCCAGGGCCCCGGCCUGGAUCUCAAUGCCCUCAAAGUGAAGGCCACGCAGAAGGCCUCAAAGAAGGUGACCCUCAUCGAGUCCAACCGGGCCAAGAAUCUGGCUAUCACCCUCCGCAAGGGUGGCCGCAGCAUCCAGGACAUCUGCACAGCCAUUGAGACGUAUGACCAGCAAGCCCUGAGCCUCGACUUCCUGGAGCUGCUGCUGCGCUUCCUGCCCACUGAGUAUGAGCGGACACUCAUCUCCAAGUAUGAACGGGACCAGCAGCCACCGGAGGAGCUCUCAGAUGAGGACCAGUUCAUGAUCAGGUUCAGCAAGAUCCCGCGCCUGGCCGAGCGCAUGAACGUCAUGAUCUUCCUCGGCAACUUUGGCGACACGGCCCAGCUGCUCAUGCCGCAACUCAAUGCCAUCAUUGCCGCUUCCAUGUCCCUCAAGUCCUCCACCAAGCUGCGCAACAUCCUCGAGAUCGUCUUGGCCUUCGGGAACUACAUGAACAGCAGCAAGCGUGGGGCGGCCUAUGGCUUCCGGCUGCAGAGCCUCGACGCGCUGCUGGAGAUGAAGUCAACGGACCGGAAGCAAACGCUGCUACAUUACUUGGUGCGAGUGAUCACGGAGAAGUACCCGGAGCUGACCGGCUUUCACACUGAGCUGCAUUUCCUGGACAAGGCGGGCACAGUCUCCCUGGACAGCGUGCUACAGGACGUGCGGAGCCUGCAGCAGGGCAUGGAGCUGACCCGCAAGGAGUUCAUGCGGCAGGAUGACAGCCCUGUGCUCAAGGACUUCCUCAAGGCCAACUCAGAGGUGAUGGAGAAGCUGCAGGCUGACAGCAAAAUGGCCAAGCCAUGGGGAGGCUGCAGAAGGGCACAUAGGCCGCAGCAACUUCUCAACAAACACAGCAAAGCCGCCAAGCACUCUCUGCCCUGUCUCAUAGCUCUUCUCCCUCUUCUGCUUCUUCCUUCUCCUCCUCGCUGUCUCUCUGAAUUGCUCUGCUCAGCUCUGAAAACUGUUCCUUUCACGGCCCGGACGGGCAAGCGCUCGUCCCGGCUCUUCUGUGACGUGAGCUUCAAUGAGGAGAGUUCCCUGUAGUGCCUGUAGGUAAUGUGGGGGCAGCCGGGGGACGCAGGGCAGAGGGGGCAGGAGGAGCCAGGGAGCUGCCUGGCUCUGGGUGCAGCUGGUGCUUUGUCUCUUGGGCAUCCUCACACCCAAACCAGGCUGGAUGCUGGGAGGUGGCAGGGAAAAAGGGAACGGGUCCCUUCAUGGCAGGGGGGAA